UCUCCUGGCCUGUCUGGAGGGCGGCUGCGGCAGUGACGGCAGUGGAGGCGGCACGGCAGGCACCGGCCCGGGGAGCGGCACCAUGAGUGGAUCACAGAACAAUGACAUGAAAAGACAAUUUCUGCUGGAGCGACUGCUGGAUGCAGUGAAACAGUGCCAGAUCCGCUUUGGAGGGAGAAAGGAGAUCGCCUCGGAUUCCGACAGCAGGGUAACCUGUCUGUGUGCCCAGUUUGAGGCCGUCCUGCAGCAUGGCGUGAAGAGGAGUCGAGGAUUAGCACUAACAGCAGCUGCGAUCAAACAGGCAGCAGGCUUCUCCAGCAAAACCGAAACAGAGGCCGUGUUCUGGUUCUACGUGAAGGAGGUCCUCAGCAAGCAUGAGCUGCAGCGCUUCUACGCCUUGCGCCACAUCGCCUCGGACGUGGGCCGCGGCCGCGCCUGGCUGCGCUGCGCCCUCAACGAACACUCCCUGGAGCGCUACCUACACAUGCUCCUGGCCGACCACAGCAGGCUCAGCACUUUUUAUGAAGACUGGGCUUUUGUGAUGGAUGAAGAAAGGUCUAGCAUGCUUCCUACCAUGGCAGCUGGUCUGAACUCCAUACUCUUCGCGAUUAACAUCGACAACAAGGAUUUAAACGGGCAGAGUAAGUUUGCUCCCACCGUCUCAGACCUCUUGAAGGAAUCCACGCAGAAUGUGACAUCCUUGCUGAAGGAAUCCACUCAAGGAGUGAGCAGCCUUUUCAGGGAGAUCACGGCAUCCUCGGCUGUCUCCAUCCUCAUCAGGCCUGAGCAGGAGACCGACCCCCUGCCCGUCGUGUCCAAGCACAUCAGUGCCGAUGCCAGAUGUAAAAGGGAGAGGAAGAAGAAAAAGAAGGUGACUAACAUCAUCUCGUUUGAUGAUGAGGAAGACGAGCAGAGCUCCGGGGAUGUUUUCAAGAAGAUCCCUGGGGCGGGGGAAAGCUCAGAGGAGAACUCCGACCGCUCCUCGGUCAAUGUCAUGACGGCCUUUGAAAGCCCCUUUGGGCCAAAUUCCAACGGAAGUCAGAGCAGCAACUCAUGGAAAAUCGAUUCCCUUUCUUUGAAUGGGGAGUUUGGGUACCAGAAGCUGGAUGUGAAAAGCAUCGAUGAUGAAGACGUGGAUGAGAAUGAGGACGACGUGUAUGGGAGCACACCUGGAAAGAAGUGCCCGGGCCACUCAGAGUCGCCGGAGAAGCCGCUAGACGGGGCUGCCUGCCUCUCCCAGAUGCACAGCUGGGCUCCGCUGCACGUGCUGCAUGGCGACGCCGACGUGCUCUUCCCCGUCAGUGGCGUGGGCUCCUACGGCCCUGCAGAUACCCCCCUCGGGAGCCUGGAGAACGGGACGGGACCCGAUGACCACGUCCUUCCGGAGCCUGGACCUCGGUACAGUGUGGAAGCCAGUCCUCCAGGCCAAGGAAGUCCUCUGAGCAGCCUGUUACCUUCUGCCUCGGUGCCGGAGUCCAUGACAAUUAGUGAACUGAGACAAGCCAUCGUGGCCAUGAUGACCAGGAAGGAUGAGCUGGAAGAAGAGAACAGGUCACUGCGGAACCUGCUCGACGGUGAGAUGGAGCACUCGGCCGCGCUCCGCCAAGAGGUCGACACCUUGAAACGGAAGGUGGCCGAACAGGAGGAGCGGCACGUCACAAAGAUCCAGGCGUUGGCAAGAGAAAACGAGGUGCUCAAAGUCCAACUGAAGAAAUACGUAGGAGCUGUCCAGAUGCUGAAAAGAGAAGGUCAAACAGCUGAAGUUUCCACGGAAAAACGCUCACUUGAUAAAAGAGGGCCUGCCAUGGACCAGGCCCAGUACCCGAUGCCUGGAAUGAAGACACGAGACAAAGUCACUGCUCUCAGAGCUCGUGGACGAGAAGGACAGACAGAUGAGUAGGAAGAAGUUACAAGUCAGCGUGAUAGGCUCCCUAACAUGGCACUGAGGGGAGUCUGGGUGCAACAAGAGUAUGGCGGAGAGCCUGGCCCACUCUGGGUCUGGGGAGAGCAUCAGGUUCUUAGAGAAAGUGCCAUCUGAUUUGAGGGUUGAAAGUUGAGUAGGAAUUCUCUGGGUCAAAAAAGGGAAGAUGAGAUGGUCAAAGCUUUCUGAAGAAUUCUAAAGAAGCCAUCUGUGCAAAAGCAGGGUGGGUCAUUGAAUUUGAUCUUUCUCUAGUCAAAAAAAAAUUUUUUUAAUAGCAAGCAAGCACAAAACCAGGUAACCCACUGAGACAAGCUUGCUGGAGUCCCAGCUCUGUGUCCUUUUGGAUGCUUCCAUAGUACCUCGUGGAAGAGCCCAAGGCAGAUGUGACAGUAUCCCAGGGCAGGAUUGGUUAAGGUUAACUGGGAUUCCGAGGGGUGGCUGCACGCAAGACCAGGUUAGAAUCCAGCCUGGGCAUCUCCCAAAGGGGGAAGGCUGUUGGGCUUCCUGGAUGUUAUACUUUAUCCAAGCAAGGACAGAGCUUGGAUAGAUAUUUCUAGGUAAUCUGUAAAUCUCGACCUCCCUUUAUACUUCACUGAAAAAUCAUUUCUAACACCCAUUAUUCUACUGAACAAAGCCUUUGGUGGUGAUCAGAGACAAAGAUGGUUAAAGUCUUAAUAUAACCUAUUAUAUCUUUAAAAGCCAUCUUACAUACUUGGGCCUGGAUAUGUUGUAAAGUUUGCAGUAGGCAUCUGGGUCAGCCGAGGUCCAGGGUGCAGGGUUAGAAGCAGCACGGAAAGUUUAAGGUCCUUUCCUGAAUUGUUUGAAGAGUUGAGGAGUUGAGGUAGGGGCCUGACCAGAUCUCAGCAAGGCCUGAACAGCCAUAGUUGUGAACUCAGCAAGCCUUCCUCUCUUUGUUAAAAAAUUCAUUGACUUUCCAGCCUGCAGCCCCAUGUUUACUUUGCCAUCCUCAUUGUAGUUAACCCUACAGUAAUACACUGGAGUUAAUGAAGAGGCCCGCCUGCCUUUACACUAACCCCAGUUAGACAGAUGGAGCAAUCGAACUCUGUGUUUUACCAGGCAGCUUUCAGCCCUCAUCCGCCGGCAUUCCAGCAAGAGGCGAAUUCAUGCGAGGUGUGAAAUCCCUCACGUACAAAUGACUUCUUCGCUGUC